AUACACAAAAGGUUUAAAAUAAGUAAUUUUCGUGAGUGAUAAACAGCAAAGUGUGAGAAGCGACAUAUUGGAUUGGCAACUUAAACGCAAAGUUUCCUUAUUACAAGCCGUAAAAUGGAGCCCAUAUUAUAGUUUUGCGUGCGUCGGUCGGCUGCUGGAAAACGUGGUUUCAGUUCAACUUGGAGAAUUGCACACACAACGCGCGGGUCAAUAAGUGGCAAAGAUAAGCAGGAUCAUGACCUUGGAAACGCAACCGGUUGGCGGAGGGUUGUGCGAUGGCAAGAUUGCUGGAUUAUAUGAUCUGGAGGAGACUCUAGGCUCGGGUCAUUUUGCUGUUGUCAAGUUGGCCCGUCAUGUGUUUACGGGUGCCAAAGUGGCAGUGAAAGUUGUUGAUAAAACAAAACUGGAUGAGGUCUCCAAAGCGCAUUUGUUUCAGGAAGUUCGCUGUAUGAAGCUGGUGCAACAUCCAAAUGUGGUUAGACUCUAUGAGGUCAUUGACACACAGACUAAAUUAUAUCUGGUGCUGGAACUGGGCGAUGGCGGCGAUCUCUAUGAUUAUAUAAUGAAACACGAUGCCGGACUAAGUGAGGAGUUGGCCCGUAAGUAUUUCCGGCAAAUACUUCGUGCGAUCACGUACUGUCAUCAGCUGCACGUAGUGCACAGGGACUUGAAACCGGAGAAUGUCGUAUUCUUUGAAAAAUUGGGUCUUGUCAAGCUUACGGACUUUGGAUUUAGCAACAAAUUCUCGCCCGGUCAAAAACUGGAGACAUUUUGCGGUAGCCUUGCAUAUUCGGCCCCGGAAAUUUUAUUGGGUGACUCGUACGAUGCGCCCGCCGUAGAUAUUUGGUCGCUUGGCGUUAUACUGUAUAUGCUGGUCUGUGGCCAGGCGCCUUUUGAGAAGGCCAAUGACUCGGAGACGCUAACCAUGAUUAUGGAUUGCAAAUACACAGUACCAUCGCACGUGACACAGGAAUGUCGCUGUUUAAUUGCCACCAUGCUGGUGCGGGAUCCAAAGAAGCGUGCCACAGUCGAGGAAAUCGCAUCAUCCUCAUGGCUAAAGCAAAUCGAUGAGCCGGAUUCGGUGGAGCACUCAGUACCUCUGGUGAGUCGUGAGCAGCUGAGUGAGGAGGAUCAUGCCUUUAUAAUACAGAAAAUGAUAAACGGAAACAUUGCGUCCAAGGAAGAGAUACUGCAAGCUCUGGAUAAAAAUAAGUACAAUCACAUAACGGCCACAUAUUUUUUGCUAGCAGAGAUUCGUUUGCGCAGGCGACGCGAGGAGGAGCAGAAACUGAAGUUUAAUGAGGCUGGCUUAAAAAUGGGAGACUUAAAUCGCCGGGUCCCAGCAGACAAACCGAGUCCAACAGAAAAUCCCAAAGUAGUUGUGCCUAUCAGCAUUAAUGUAACACCAGCGGCACAAUUUGGAAAUGACAAUGCCAAGCCGGAUAAGCGUACCCGCAAAUGCAGCAUUGUGCGGGAGGAGGAGGAAGAGGAGUCUGCCAAUGAGAGCUGUGACGUAGGAAAUGAACUAAAAGUGGCCUCAACCCGACGUGAGUCAAUUUCCGAUGGACGCCUAAAUCGCUCCGUGCAAGAGCGCUCCUGCUCGUCAGCACCAGCGCCGGCUGCCGAGGUGCCAAGUAAUACACGCACAAAGAUUGUUCACUCCACGGACAUGUCGCUCUCCCAGAAGCUCAAGCAAAUGGAGAAGUGUGCCAGGGUGGAUGAAGACACUAUAAGCGGCUUGAAGGAACUCGAAAUUGGCAAGCUGAAGCCGUUGCCCAGCAGCAGCAAGAAUCCUGUACUGACGCACCGUCGUACAAAGCUAAAUAAGAUACGCACACCAUCGUGCAGCAGCUCCGAGGCAUCCGACGAUGAUACAAAGACACGAAACAAGAAGAAAAUCAAUAAGUUUGUUGGUGACACGCCCAUUAGAUUUCGUAUGCAUCGGCGAGACUCGCAUGACGACUCCAGCGACUCGCAGGAUCAAUUGUAUCCACCGCCAGGAUCGAAUAGCAGUGGAGCUACUUUUAUUUCGAACAGUAAUUCUGGUGUAAGCGGAAAAAAGGAAGAGCAGGGACAAUGUAAAGAGCCAAAUAAAACUGAGGAAACACGCAAAUCUCACACACAAAAGAGCAGGAAACAGAAUAAAGAUCAUGUUGAUAAGCAUUCCCAUGCGGAAAAACAGCAAUUGGUGUUAGUGGAAAGUACAACAACUCGUCGGAGGCGCAUUCGUGAAAGUCAAUCCCUGGAUCGCAUCACAGAGGCUCAAGAAUUCGAGAUGCGUCAUCGUAGCUAUAUAAAUGAUGCGUCAAUGCAACAACAUAUCGAGCAAAGAAAUUCAUUGUUCAACUUAAACACAUUCUCCGUUGCCGAAACUAAAGAAGAAUAUGACGAUGAGUCGGAAAUUAAUCCAGAUACAGAUACCACGGACCAAAUUAUGAACACAUUGAAUGCAGCCAAAGCAACGCUUCAGCAAAAGCAAUAUUUUAUUGACACCAACUAUAGUAAGAACUAUAACAAUAGUAGCAACAACAACAACUACAAUAAUAACAACAACAAAAAGAAAUCCAACGAAACACCAAAAGAUAUUUAUAAUCUAAAUUCAAUCGAAGAAAUCGAUUUGAUUUUGGAAGAUAAAAGCCUUACCAAAGCAAUACAUAUUACCGGCUCUAAAUGCUUUGUCACUAUGAAGAAAAUUCGAAGGCUCGGAAAAUACUUUCCGGUAAUGAACUUUUCUUAAUAGUUACGAUUAAAAUAGCUGCAAAGUGCAUUCUAAAUCUUAAAUCGUAGAAAAUAUGUAGAAAAUAUGCAUGUAUGUAUUAUGUAUAACAAAAUUAAGAAAAGUUAUAAAACAAAUACAUUAUGCGACAAUUUAAUAUUAGUUGUAGCGUAAUUUAAUUUAUUAUGCAAUUCUUAAAUUAGCAAUAAAAAAAAGGCACAUUUUUUGACUAUAAUGCUAAAACUCGUUUAAUGAUGAGAAAUAACGUUGCCUAAUCUGAAAACACCAUUCGCACAAUAGAUUUCGUGCAUUCCCCAAAAUAAAUGUUUGUAUUCUAUGGCGAUAUGUGUAAGUACCAUGUACAAUCCAAGUCAAAUCAAAUUAAUAAAAUAUAAACCCAAAAAGUAA